UUAUAGAUGCUUUGCUUUCCUUGGUUAUUUUUGGAAUCUUUAAAUUCGGAUGUAAUUUGUUACUUUUUGUAAGUAUCUUUUUUCAAAAAAACAUUUGUUUUUAAUAAUUACUUAUUCAUUACUGAUUAAAGUGUAGAUAAAUAUAAUAUACUAAGUAUAAAUAAUUAUAACAUGGUGCUAUACUCUAAAUAAAAUGUCUGCUGAAAAUUGCUUGGUAAAAGCAAUAUAUUCAUUUAAAGGAAAGAAUAAUGACGAACUAUGUUUCAAGAAAGGAGAUAUAAUCACUGUAACACAAAGGGAGGAAGGUGGAUGGUGGGAAGGUACUCUCGGUGAGACCACAGGAUGGUUUCCCAGCAAUUAUGUGACUGACUACAAAGAUACUUCUGGUUCUGUCACAACAUCACCAAUACGAGCUGCUUCCGAGAUUCAAGCAUUCAGAAAUGUGGUGCUCAAAGAUAUCAUUGACUCUGAAAAAGCUCAUGUGGCAGAAAUGCAAGGGCUUGUCAGUAACUUUCUGCAGCCUUUAGAAAAAAGUAAUAUACUUACGAGAGAUGAGUUUAAGCAGUUAACAGGCAACAUCAAUGAAGUACUCCAGAUUCAUGAACAAUUCCUAGCCUUAUUAGAAGAAUGUGCAACAAAAACUGGCCCAGACCAGAGAGUGGGUGGUCUAUUUUUGCAAUGGGCACCUAAAAUUAAAUCAGUACACCAAACAUAUUGUGCUGGUCAUCCUAAAGCUGUUUGCAUACUUGAUAAAUAUAAAGAAGAACUAAAUACAUGGAUGGAGAAUGCAGGUGCUGUCUGUCCAGGAGUGCUAGUAUUAACUGCUGGUCUAUCAAAGCCAUUCCGGCGACUUGGUAAAUACCCUGCUAUGUUACAAGAAUUGGCGCGACACGUGCACGAAGCGCACCCAGAUAGAGGUGACACACAUCGGGCAUCUGUCGUUUAUAAAGAUAUUGCUAGUGCUUGUUCAGCUUUGCGUCGCCAGAAAGAACUAGAGUUGCAAGUGAUAACGGGCGAAGUUCGAGGUUGGCCUGGUGGCGAAUUAUCGGCUCUUGGUGACGUGCUUCACAUGGGAAGUGUGGCCGUUGGCCCUUCACAUCAAGAUCGUUACCUUGUUCUUUUCCCUUCAUCUUUAUUAUUAUUGUCAGUAAGCAAAAGAGUUUCUGCUUUUGUUUAUGAGGGUUGUCUUCCCCUGACGGGUAUAACAGUUUGCAAGCUAGAAGAUACUGAUACUAGAAAGAAUGCAUUCGAAAUAAGUUCACCCAUGAUAGACACCAUAGUUGCUGUGUGUCAAACAAAAGCUGAGGCAGACAAUUGGGUCAGUUUGCUUCAGAAACACUCGAACACUAGUAGUCCUUCUCAUGAUCCUGGACAGCCACAGUCAUUGCCACAUAUGGCCAUGAGCGACAGUAAUAACUCAGAUAUAUCGUCCGGUCUAACCAGUCACAAAAGAUCACACUCAUUCAACAAUCAUCAAAGCUAUACUCAACAUACGCAACAAACACACAAAAACAAGCAAAAGAACCAGUCGGCGCGCUGGCUAUUAAAUUCCUGCGACUCCCUUGAUCAAUCGCCUGCCAAAACAAAUAAAAGUCCUAUCGGGAAGAAAUUCUCAUCUGUUGAUUUCAUCGAUAGCUCUGGCUCGAACUACAGCAAUAAAGUUCUUGUAGGGUGGAGCAUAACAUGUUUGCGGCCUGCGCCACCGCUUAGACCGCAAUCAUUUACGGUCGGCUCGGACGAAAAUAUCGGUCCGACCCACCCUUACGCACCCCACCAGCGGAAGUCAAACUCUUACGAGGAAGACGCACUGAUCCUGAAGGUUAUCGAAGCGUACUGUACUUCCGCGCGGUGCAGGAACGCUGUCAGUUCCGUGGACUGCGGCCACUUUUCUCUCGAGUGCGACGAUGAGUACCCGGUGUCGAUAGAGGCACUAGUACGGUCACCGUCUCUGCCCGCCCACUCCGGUAAUCACGCUGCGCCGAACUUGUGGACAGUAGUCAUGCGCUUGCAGAACGACGUGAAAAACCUUAAACUAGAUGUAAGGAAUUUGCAGCUACAACUGACCGAGGAGAGACAGGAACGGAAUCUUGCCAUAGCCGCGAUACAAUCGAAAAAUAUAUUCAAGGACGCAAAAGAAAGUAAAUGUUGAUGCGUCAACAUUACUGUUUAGAUAGUAAUCGUUGUUAGCAUAGACAGUAUUCAUAUCUGUGUCGGAUAAUAAUUGUUAAUUACUGAAUAUAGCCUCCUCAGACUGCCAUAAUUGAACCCCAUCCUACACAUUUGAAAUCCGAGUGUACCCUACAGUGUUUACUUACUUAUUAGGGUAUAAGCUAGCGAUAUCCUAAAUGUAAAUGAGUAUCCCUAUUGUAAACUCUAAUCCCAGUUGAUUGUCGAAUGAUCUAUUGUUAAUAUAGCUUGCCGCUUUUUAGGACAAGAUUAUAAUAUUUCUGAGUAAACGUAAUAUUUAAUCUAUUCGUACAUGUAAUUUUAUUUCUAUGAAUUUAAAUUUAAAUUGCUUAGAUAUUGUUUUGUACGACCUAUAAUAUUUGAUUUAUAAUGUAGAAAUUUGUAUUUUUCAUUAAUAAAAUGUAAAUAUCACUAUAAUUAUUUAUUAAUUGCUCUUUAAGGAGUCUUGCAAGAAAGUGUAAGUCUGUUCUAUGUUAUUCUAAAAUAUGAAACAAUGUUAGAAACAUCCCAAUAAACCAUCUGAGUACGUAUCCAUGUAAUUAAACUGCAGUAUCAGGCCCCGAGCUGUUCGUAAAGGGAAUUCGUACUAAAACGGAGUAAUAUAUAACUAAAACUAUUCUAAACUAUGUCGGGUUGUGACGUGCGGUUCGGUUCACUGGGUGCUCACUGGGGUGGACGGCUACACCACGUAGGUGUAAGCCAAAGAACAAAACAAUGCAUGCAGUCUAGAUAAAAACAACCGUUUUGCUCUUUAAACGUCAAUUCCCUUUUGGUUCAGCGAUAGCUCGUAAUAGAUCAGUGUAUUGCCAUUCACGACAUUAAUAAUUAAUGCAAGUCGAGGGUUCUAAAUACUGACUAGAGGUUUGCCUAUUUAAUAUUCAAUGAGCAAGUUUAUCCAGCGUAUUUGGAACUUGACAUAACUCGCGUCCUUGUCUGUCUGGUUAAAGACAAUAUAUGCGUUAAUUUAAAAUAUUAGCAAUCCGUGUAUUAUACUUAUAUUUUAUUCAAAUUCAUGUGGCUAAUUAGCGUGAUUGACUCAUAAAGAUCCUGAUAUCUGUGAAUUAUAUUUGUAAAUAUUAAAUAGCUUUAAAUAUUCUUACCUUUAUCGCUACUGCUAACAAAAAAUAUUUAUUAUGCAGCGUACGUAUAUCCAUAUGACUCAUGAUUGACAAUGUAAGUUUGUUUCAUUUAUUUUAGUAAUUAUAUUUAUGUAGUCGGUUUUUGUCUCUAUUUGUUUAUAUUAUACUUGAUUCAUAUGUAUAUUUAGAUAUUCAUAUAAAGAUUUAGAGGCAUCUAUACAAUAUACAGUAGGUACAAAAUCUAUACUCAUAAAUUUAUAAAGUAACUCUCUUUGCAAUAUGAGAUAGUAUACAACUUAUUACAUAGAUACGGUCACAACAUUCUAAGUAAAUUACAUUCGUAAGUAAUGGAUAGGUAAGUGUUCCCAAGACGAACAAAUUCGAUCCAAUUAUGUCUCUACAUUGCUUGCGCCCUGGUUGAUAAAAUGUUGGAAUGUUUUCAUUUCUUUCAUAGCUAUCUACGGGAAAAUUUGGAAUGAGCGUCACCUUGUCGUCGGUACCGACAACAAACGUUAGCGUUUUAAUUUAAUUUUCAAUUUACUGACGGCGUCCUAACGUACAAUUUCGUAUCUCUACUUGUAGGUAUACCGUACUAAAACGAGUAUAAAAGUUUCCCCUCUUUUUAUCUUUCACAGACGAAGUUAUUAAGUCCUCAAAUAGGACUUGUUGCCUUUCGAAAUUAAAACUUCAUCUUAAUUGAGAGUAGAGGGAGAUAGCUAUUUAUUAUGGAAGAGAGCCUAAUCCCUGGGUCGGCCACUACGACAAGUCAUUAAUAUUUAAUUAAUAAAAUUUGCCGAUGACGUUUAUUUGUACUGAUUUAAUUAAUAACCAACCAGUAACAAAUGAAUCUACUUUCAAUGUAAUAAUAAUUCAGAAUAAUUUCGUUUAACAAUGUACGAAAUGUAAACGAUUAUAUAAAACGCCCUUAUACAAAGGGUUCAAAGUUUAUUAUUUGAUUACUGCGUAUAUAUAAUAUAAUAAAUAGCACUUAUGAAAUAUUCAGUGUAGGUAUUUUGGAUAAUAUAAAAAAAUAACGUUUUGAGUGUUUAUAUAAAAUAACAAUUUAUUAUUUAUAAACUAUACAGUCAAUGGAUUUUCAUAAUAAACAUUCAGACAAGUAUACGUAUGUCAAUUCCUUGUCAUUAUUAUUAAUUACACUUUGGUUAAAAUUUUAUCUAGACUUUUUACAAUUGGUACUACAUAGUAUAAUCUAAAGUAAAUACACAAUAAUACCUAUGUAU